UUGAUACCUAAUACUAGUUAUACUAUUGGAGUGAGAGCAUAUACUAGUAUUGGACCAGGAGAAUGGACUCAUAAAAUUGUAUCAACUAAUGACAUAGAUAUAGCAAAAAUUAGUAAUUUCACUGUCAUGCAUCUCAACUCAACUACUGUACAAGUGAAUUGGUUACCUAUUCCAGGGGCCAGUUACUACACUGUCUAUUACAACAGUGGGUGUGAUGAUGAUUCAAUCAAUGUUAGCAAUGAAACAAAUCAAAGUAUCAUAUCAGGUUUGUGCUCAUGCCUUAGCUAUUCACUCGAGAUGUCAGUGACUAUAGAAAUAAAUGGGACUUAUUAUGAAGGACCUAGAACUGCACCAACAGUUUUAGAACUACCAACAGUGGACCUGUCUUCCUAUUCUUACACAGAAGUGAUAAGUACUUCAUCUCCUACCUUUGCAUCAAGUGAUGAUGAAUGCAUGAACAUAUCAACUUUAAACAUAUCCCUACCAAUACUGGGUAUCUCUUUAUUUUUCAACAUGAUAUUAGUAUGUGUGGUAAUUGGAAUGUGCUGUAAGAAGAAGAUAGUUUAUAGUGUCAAAUCCAUCAAAUUAAAGAAUAAUGUAGAACAUGACUAUGAUGUCCUAGAGCCCCCAGUAGUUCAAAAUCCACAAGAUGCUAUAUAUGAAUCACCUUUGGACUUGCCAUCACUUGAACCUCCACAGAAUGACUACACUGUAGAAGCAGAGCAAGAAAAUCAAUAAAAACAAUUAUUUAAAUUAGCCUCAUCUCCACAAACAGGCAUAUACAAUUUUUGCAAGUAGUUAGUAUCAGUUAAGGAUUGUGUACAUCAACUUAAAAUUUGGUGUGUGUGUGUGUGUGUGUGUCAUGUGUUAUUCAUUACAGAGUGUAUGUACAUGUGUGUUCAUUUUUACAAACUUUGUUUGCAUCAGA